CUUGGAGCUGUGGUUCGGCAUGGCAUGUCGCUUUGAACUUUGGCUCAGAAGGUCUUGUUCAUCAGCGCAGAAGCAGAAGAAUGGGAUACGUGAUCGUCUUCGGCACGCCCACGGGCCUGGUGCUUGCCGCACUCAUGGCCAUUCAGCCGCACGAUGGGUUCGGGGCUUGGAGCCCAUGGCUCUUUUGGUUCUCCUUCAUUCACGUCGUGGUGCCAGUCCUGGGCUUCUUGAGCUUUGUGGAGCUCUUUUCAUUGUAUUUCAGAAAUGGGUGGAUUUCGGCAGAAAUCGUAUUGCCAGUUUCCGUGAUCUACGGCAUUGUCAUCAUUCUCAUCACGGUGCUCUUCGGAUUCCAAGCGCCGUUGUUUGGCGCGCUGAUGGGAUUUGUUUGGUUUGCGGUCUCUGUUGAGGAAUCGCGGAACCCGGGCGCCCCCCUGUGCCCCUCUCUGUGCCCCUCUCUGUGCAUCCUCCUGGCAGGAGUCAUAAUGGUGGCUUGCACCAUAUGGUCCCCCCAGGGCCAAUGCACCUUUUGUGCCCCAGAGUUUUGGGAGAUCGGUGGGGUGUGUGGCAGCGUACUUCGGUGGGACUGGAUCGCAACUCCCCAAGAAGAUAUCUCAGUCUGCGCCCCAUGCAUGCACUUCGACCUUGCCAACAAUACCUCCACCUGCUCCUGCCACAGGGGCACAGCCCAGGUUUUUUGCCCAGGCCCUGGCAUUGAAUCCUGCAUGUCAUGCGACACAGGAUUCCACUUGGUGCACGACCAAUGCGUCCCCGCACAAUGUGCCGAAGAGCUGCAAGGUCUUCGCCCAUCGUUGCCCCCAAAUCCGCCCCGCCCCCCCCCCCCCCCCCACCCUGUGCCCAGCAACACGCCUUCAACGGCACCUGUGCAGUCUCAACCCAGUGCGCCCCAUUUCUGCCCAACAGCCUGCAAGGCAUCGCAGUUGCCAAGGGCAAUCCGCCCUUUGAGCUUGGGGUGCCAGAGAUGCCCAUCCUCAUUCUGUGCGGAACAAUAAUUGCCGUUCCAAUCGUCUACAGCAUGGCCACCCGUACGUACUUCAUGCUUGCGGUGGAGAUUGCCGUGAGUGCAGGCGACUUUGCAUCUGACCUGUUGAACUCCUUCGAAAACGAUUACUUCAACAUGUACAUGUGCGUGGCGUCGUUCGCAAUUACCUUUGGAGCGGGCGUAAUUACCAUCUUCGUGCACUAUGGUGGGGGACUUGUGUUCACUCUCGUGACCACAUUCAACAAGGUCGCGUGGAUCACCUAUGACCGACUGCGUGAUCAUGGAGUACAUCAAGUUUUUGAAGUGCAUCACUCCGCUGACAAGUUUUUGGUGAACAUCUUCGCCACAGCUUUGAUGGGCUUGGCGACGCCGCUCCUCUUCUUCAUCGCGGGGCCGACCAUUGCUGGCCUCCAGAUAUGCAGCGUUUUUUGCUUGGGCGCGAUUCUGCACAGCUUGCGGCUUCUACUUGUGCGCGAGGUUCAAGAGGCCUACGGCGGCCUGCUGGGUGUAUCGACGGAAAAGACGUCCACCAAGAAGGAGGAGCCUGUGAACCCCGCCUCAUACCACCAAAUCAUUGUCUUGGAGCUGCUCACUGAGGCUGUUAGAAGGGUGUUGCUUUGUUCGCCGCUGACGCUGGACGCGCGGAGGCUUUGCCGAGCACUGCGUUGACGCUUCUGAACUACGUUCUGAUGCGUCGGAGCUUCAUGGUGGAACAGCUUUCGCCUGUGGCCAUGGGUUCACUGGCCUUCUCUGGGUACUUGCUGUUCCGAGCAGGCUACAAGUAUUGCUUUCAUCUCAUCUAUUUGGGCAACGCCUUGAAGGACAUCCCGUUGCCUUACAAGCCGGCAGUUGAGAGCUACGUGGAGCUCACGGCGAACGAGGCCAUGGCCGCAGGCGAGGCCGCCGUAGGUGUCUCCACGGCCGCCGUUGCUCUUGUUGCCACCGCUCCUUAGGGGAGCCCCUUCAGCUUGGGAAUGCGUCAAGGCCUAAAAUGGCCAGCUGACGGCAUACAUCAUUUCCAGGCAUACAUUGUGUCCCGCAGACACUCCUUUCUUCAGUUGUUGGAUUUUUGCUGAGAUGCUUGCCGAACAUGGAACUGG